AUGGCGUUGGCAGUGCCGGUGUGGUGGGAAGGUCAUGAGAUUGCUGGUCCCAUACAUGGCGUUGGCAGUGCCGGUGUAUGGGAAGAUGCCGGUGUGGGGAUGAUACCGUCUGCGCGCGUAGGACUUGAUAUGAGAUUUGUGAGCUACACGUGGCGUUGGCAGUGCCGGCGUGUGAGCUAUGGAGUUCCGUCCCCCGGUUGGACUACUCAUCCCUGGACGCGGGUUCUGGUUCGAAAAUCCUGCGUACCAGCCAACAAUCCCCCGGUUGGAUUGUCUUCCCCGGUUGUUACUGGAGGCCGGAGGCCACUUUACUUUGGAUUGUUGUAUGUUGAAAGCAUGCUGGCAGUUGGGAUUUAUAUUAUGUAA